AGGCAAAAACACUUGGCUGUUCCUGGCCGCAGCACCGUGGACCAUGACAGAGCCCAGAUCGCCGGCAUCCGGCCUGACGUGGGCGCGCGUGUGCAAGGAGUGCGGCCAGGGCCACGAGGCCCAGGACGGCCACCUUUACGAGUACCGGAGUGACGUGGACGACGAGCUGGUCUGCCACAUAUGUCUGCAGCCCCUGCUGCGGCCCGUGGACACACCGUGCGGCCACACCUACUGCCAGCAGUGCCUGAGCAGCUUCCUGGGUGAGCAGGACUUCUGCCCCGUGGACCGGAAACAGCUGCAGCUCCAACAGUGCCAUCCCUCCAGCCACCUGGUGCGUAAUCUGCUGGACAAGCUCACCGUGCUGUGCCCCUUCCACAGCGAGUGCCAGGAGACCAUGCAGCGCUGCGAACUGCAGCCGCACCUGCACAACAGAUGCCCAGCAUUCAGACGUCUCCGGGAGGAGGCCGAGCGGAGGAAGAGGCCCUCCUGGAAUGAGUUAAAGGGGAGCAGAAGUGAGGGGGAGUCUGACACCAAAUCCACUCCAGCUCUCAGUCGCACAUCUAAUCUUCGUGGGACGACAGAGCCUGGCCCUGCCCACCCCUCUGAGGAGGGAGGAGAUGAUGGGGCUCCCCUCAGGUCGAGCUUGGUUGCCGAGGCCAACAUCGUCGAGCUGUUCCGGAAGGAGCCCGACGAAGAUCUGGGACUGCGCAUAGUGGGUGGGAAGGACACGCCCCUGGGGAGCAUCGUCAUUCAGGAGAUCGUACGUGACUCGGUGGCCGGCCGCGAUACCAAGCUCGCCCCGGGGGACCACAUUCUGGAGGCAAACGAUGUCAGCCUGACCUCCGUGCCCCACGUCCACGCCAUCGCAGUGCUGCGGCGGCCCUGCGCCUCCAUCCGGCUCACUGUCAUGCAGGAGAAGGGCUUCAAGCCGCGGGCCGAAGUCUACCCGCACCCACACACUCCGGCCACACAGGCCUCCCACAACCCCAGCACAGUCAUCCAGGUGACGCUGGUGAAACGCGAGCACUCCGAGCCGCUUGGCAUCAAACUCAUCCGCAAAACAGAAGAGCUGGGCGUCUUCAUCCUGGACCUGCUGCCGGGAGGGCUGGCCGCCAAGGACGGAAAACUGCGUAACAACGACAAGGUGUUGGCCAUCAACGGGCACGACCUGAGGCAUGGCACGCCGGAGAGUGCAGCUCAGAUCAUCCAGGCUAGUGAGGUGCGUGUGAACUUUGUGGUGAUGAGGCAUUUGGACACCAAUGAGGAUGGAGGUGACGUGCAGAGCAGAGGGGCCAGGAGAGCUCCUGACAUCCAGUACUUCAGACGGCGCUCCAUAUUCAUGAAGGAUCCUCCUGGUGGGUUUUCCAGUCAGGAGAAGACGGUGAAUCUGAAGAAGGAGCCGCGUCACUCGUUGGGCAUCACCAUCGCGGGGGGGCGAGACUGCCGCAGUCGUCUGCCUGUCUACAUCACCAGCGUGCAGCCCGUGGGCUGCCUGCACAGGGACGGCACCAUCAGACCAGGUGAUGUGCUGCUGAGCAUCAACAGCGUGGAUCUGACCCAGCUGACCUACAACGAGGCCGUGUCCGUGCUGAAGUCACAGACGGCCCAGAGCUCUGUGACGCUGAGCGUCAUCCGCACCGUCGCUGAGGAGGAAGAGGAGGACAGGGAAGCUGCCAGCAAGGAGGAGAUGGACACGCUGGAGGGCCCCAGAGAGGACAACCUCAACUGGACCCCGCUGUGGACCCGCUGGUUGGGCCUACCUAGCCACAUGCACUGGUGUCGUGACAUUGUGCUGCUGAAGACCAACAACGAGAGUUGGGGCUUCAGUAUCGUGGGUGGAUAUGAAGAACACCGUGGCCAGCAGCCCUUCUUCAUCAAGACCAUAGUGCCUGGAACUCCUGCCCACUUCGAUGGGCGUCUGAAGUGUGGUGAUGAGAUUGUGGCGGUGAAUGGAGCCACCACCGUGGGCAUGAACAACUCUUCCCUGAUCCCCAUGUUGAAGCUGCAGAGGAAUAAAGUCAUACUCACUGUGGUGUCCUGGCCGGGCAGCCUGGUAUGAAGACCAGCCUGCCCAGUGCUGCUCUGUCCUUCUCAAAGCCUGGGAUCCUCCUCAGCGGGGUGUAGCUGGUGUGCUUUACUAUAUUUCUGAUACACAAUAGUAACAGAACACACAAGGAUUUGGAAGGUUUUCAGCCUUUGUCUUUCUCAAAGAACAGACUGCAUGUGCAAAAGGCACCAGGGUCAAAUCAGGAAGGUAGGGUGACAAUCACCGACUGCAAAGUUAAAGCAAACCAAAUUAAUUAUUUUUUUUUUAUUUUGCCUUAUCAUUUGCCUCAGCUACCUGGAAGACAAUUGGUGAUCACCUUCCUUGUUGGUGUUGCCAGAUCCUCAUUGGAGAGAUGUCUGUUGCACUAAAGUAUAUGGACAUGAUUGCAAAGGAAGUCUUGAGUUUCUCAGUCAGAAUUAUACUAAACUUUGAAUGUGUGCACGUGUGUAUCUUGAACAAUAAUAUUUUUACAUCCAUGUAUGCUUUGCUAAGCACAGGAUGUAGUGCUGGGCAUGAGCGUGCUUUUUUCUGAAUGGGUUGGUUUUAACUUCAAGAAUGACCAGUAAUAAUAAUAAUAGUGUGUGUGUGUGUGUGUGGAUAGGUGUCAUAACAUUACAUGGGAUGGAACUAUACCAAAACCUGUGUAGUUGAUCUCUGUAAUUAUUUACAUUUAUUAUUUUCUGUUAUUGUUUAGCUAUUUAGGUAUUUAGCUAUUUUAUGUUUAUGCCUUGUCUUACUGUUAAAUGUAUUAGCUUUUGGGUGUUGGUAUUGACUAUUUUUAAAUCCCACUAAAAUCUUAAACUAAGAUUUUAAAAUAGAUCAAUUUCUUUGGUGCCUUGAAUAUGUAUACAAACAAAUCAGUACACAUCUGCCUUAAUUUUUACAACACCGAAAAACACCAUUAAGUUUCUUUAUCUUUAUCAAGUCAUGUACCUCUUUUGGGGUUUUAAUUUCUAACGUAUACUAGUUCUAGUUGAAAUAUACUCCUAUAUUCUCCUAGUUUGUGGUGUUUUAUGAUGGUGUAUUGACGGGUAGUAAUUUGAUCUGCUCCUGUAUGCUCAUCCUCCUAUUUGGUUCUCUGGUGUUGGGAGUAACCCUCUUUCUUAACCCUCAGAAAAUAUCCUCUCCCUUGACUACCGUUUGUUGAUUCCUGUAUAUAUUUUGAAUUUAUUUAUGUACUUUAUUAACAUUUAGAUCACUUGAUAGGCCUGAAAUUUCUUAAUGGUAUUAAGCCUUUUCUGUGAGAUGUGUGAUUACAAUGUGGUAGAAUAAAACAAACAUGUUGAAAUGCAUGUUUUCUGGGGGAGAAUAUGUCUAAUAGACCAGG